AGCUGGCGUGAUAUGAAGGGGGCAGAUUUAGAGGGAUUUUCAGAGUGAAGAGUCUGCCUGUUUCACUCACAUGUAGCCUGUGAUCGGGUCUGUGUGCUGGAGUGGAAGACGCCUGUUGAUCCGUCCAUAAAUGCAGCACUGGUGCAGGGUAAGAGGAAGAGGGGCUCUUAUGUCAGAGUUUUAGGAUGGCCAGUGAAGGCUCCACUCUUCCCAGCCCCGUUGUCCGCCAGAUUGACAAGCAGUUCUUGAUCUGCAGCAUAUGUCUGGACCGCUACGAAAACCCCAAAGUUCUGCCCUGCCUGCACACCUUCUGUGAAAGGUGCCUGCAGAACUACAUCCCGGCCCACAGCCUCACAUUGUCGUGCCCAGUGUGCCGCCAGACCUCGAUCCUGCCGGAGAAAGGUGUGGCGGCUUUACAGAAUAACUUCUUCAUCACCAACCUGAUGGACGUGCUGCAGCGGGCGCCCAACAGCUGCAGCCAGGAGGCGGCAGCUCUCAACACCGUCACCACUGUGGCAGCAGGCCAGCUGCUCUCCUGCCCCAACCAUGGAGGCAAUGUCAUGGAGUUUUAUUGUCCACCUUGUGAGACAGCGAUGUGUCAGGAGUGUACAAGCGGUGAACAUGGAGAACACCCGACUGUGCCUCUUAAAGACGUAGUGGAACAACACAAAGCCUCAUUACAGGACCAGCUGGAUGCAGUCAAGAAGAGGUUACCAGAGAUCGACUCAGCCCUGCAGACGCUUUCAGAGAUCCUGCAGCAGCUGACCAAUCAGAAGAGCUCCAUUGAAGAUGACAUCCAUACUACCUUUGAUGAGCUGCAGAAAACCCUCAACGUCCGCAAAAGUGUUUUGCUUAUGGAGCUGGAGGUCAACUACGGCCUCAAGCAGAAGGUGCUCCAAGCCCAGCUGGACACCCUGCUGCAGGGCCAGGAGGGCAUCAACAGCAGCUGUAACUUCACGGAGCAGGCCCUGAGCCACGGCACAGAGGCCGAGGUGCUGCUGGUGAAAAAGCAGAUGAGCGAACGUCUCAUCGAGCUGGCCGGCCAGGAGCUUCCUCUGCAGCCCGGAGAGAAUGACCAGCUGGACUUCAUUGUGGAGACAGAGGGCUUAAAGAAGUCCAUCCACAAUCUGGGCACCAUAGUAACGACUAACGCUGUGGCCUCUGAGACUGUGGCUACUGGUGAAGGGCUACGGCACUGUGUGAUGGGUGUGCCCACGUCCAUCACCAUAACAACUAAAGACAAAGAUGGAGAGCUGUGCAAGAUGGGCAACGCGGUCAUUACUGCUGAACUCCUCUCACCCGAUGGUAGCAAAGGUGAAGGAGAGAUUCAGGACAACAAGAAUGGCACUUACGAGUACCUUUUCACAGCUCCUAAAGAGGGGACCUUUAACUUAUCGCUGCGUUUGUAUGACCAACACAUCAAAGGAAGCCCCUUUAAGAUAAAAGCCACCAAGUCUAUAGAUGUGUCGCAGGCUUCGGACGGCAUAAAGAAGAGGCUGAAGUCACCGGGCAGCGGGCACAUCAAGCAGAAGGCCAUCAAGAGGCCGGCCAGUAUGUACAGCACAGGAAGGAGGAAAGAAAACCCCAUCGAGGACGACCUAAUCUUUAGAAUCGGCACUAAAGGAAGAAACAAAGGGGAGUUCACUAAUCUUCAGGGAGUAGCUGCCUCCUCUCUGGGAAAAGUGCUGAUUGCAGACAGCAACAACCAGUGCGUCCAGAUUUUCUCCAACGACGGCCAGUUCAAAAGUCGUUUUGGCGUCCGUGGCAGGACUCCGGGUCAACUGCAGCGGCCGACAGGUGUGGCGGUCCACCCCAACGGUGACAUCAUCAUUGCCGACUACGACAACAAAUGGGUCAGCAUCUUCUCGAGUGAAGGGAAGUUUAAGAACAAGAUUGGCUCGGGGAAGCUGAUGGGCCCUAAAGGCGUCUCGGUGGACAGAAACGGCCACGUCAUCGUGGUCGACAACAAGGCCUGCUGCGUUUUCAUCUUUCAGCUCAAUGGCAAGCUGGUCACCAAGUUUGGUAGUCGUGGCAACGGUGACAGGCAGUUUGCAGGUACACUCAAUGGUCCUCACUUUGCUGCUGUCAACAACAACAAUGAAAUCAUUGUAACAGAUUUCCACAACCAUUCAGUCAAGGUGUUCAACACAGAAGGGGAAUUCUUGCUGAAGUUUGGAUCUAACGGUGAGGGCAACGGCCAGUUCAACGCCCCUACAGGAGUUGCGGUGGAUGUCAACGGAAACAUCAUAGUAGCAGACUGGGGCAACAGCAGGAUACAGGUGUUUGAUGGCAGCGGUUCGUUCCUCUCCUACAUCAACACAUCAGCGGACCCGCUCUACGGCCCGCAGGGUCUGGCUCUCACCUCUGACGGACACGUUGUAGUCGCCGAUUCUGGCAACCACUGCUUCAAAGUCUACCGCUACCUUCAGUAGCCCUAAUCUCCCCUCAAUGCACAAACUGUACAGUGUGUAUAUAUAUAUAUAUAUACACACACACACUUUCACACACUAGUACGGAGCAACUGGCAGAUUUGCACUCACCCAUUCAUCUUUGAUU